GGGGGGAGCAGCGCUCCGCCCGCGGGGCCGGGCCGGUGGGAGCCGAGGACAAAGGUGACCGUGCAGGAACGGUGGCCCAAAGCCCCCUGGCACCGUCCGAGCCCGGAUCCAGCGCUCUCACGGCCACCGCGGCCACGCGCGUGUCGUUGAUGCCGGUGACCGCCGCAGACCGCAGGUAGAGUCCAGGGCGCGGAGCCAUGAAGCUGAACGAGCGGAGUUUGGCCUUCUACGCCACCUGCGACUCCCCGGCCGACAACUCCGGCUUCCUCUACAAGCGAGGCGAGCGGCACACGGCCUAUCACCGCCGCUGGUUCGUGCUCAAGGGCAACAUGCUCUUCUACUUCGAGGAGCGGGACAGCCGGGAGCCCGUGGGUGUCAUCGUGCUGGAGGGCUGCAACGUGGAGCUCUGCGAUUCAGCCGAGGGUUUUGCCUUCGCCAUCCGCUUUGGCGGCACCAAGUCUCGCACCUACGUGCUGGCGGCGGAGAGCCAGGCGGCCAUGGAGUCGUGGGUGAAGUCGCUGUCCCGAGCCAGCUUUGACUACAUGAGGCUGGUGGUGCGGGAGCUGGAGAAGCAGCUGCAGGAGAUGGGCGGGGGGCUGGCCGGAGGAUGUGGGGGCUCCCGGGAGCCUCCCGGCCCCUGGAAGCCGAAGCCGUCGGGGCUGGAGCAGUCCCGGGAGCGGCUGCCGGCUCUGCCCGCCAUCCUGCCCAAGGAGAACGGCUGUGCGGUGUGGAACAACGUGCUGGGGGCGGCCCGGCUGCCCGAGAGCUCCGGCUGCGGGGGGCACGGUGAGGAGGGGACCCCGCGGCCGCCGCCGCUGCCGCCGCGCAGGCGGGUGGGGAACGGCGAGGCGGCGAGCGCCGGGCCGGCCGUGGCACAGAGCCCGUCCACCUUCUGCCGGCUCCACCAGCAGUACGGCCGGGAGGUGGCCCGGCUGCGGCAGGACUGGCAGCAGAGGCAGCGUGGCCCCCGGCUCUGAGCGGUGGCUGAGCCCUGGGAAGCUGCCGGGAACCGGGGCAGGGUGGAGGUGGUCGCCCUUGGUGCUGGCCCCGUCCCUCCUCGCCUCGGGAUGUGCGGAGCUGGCUGUGGUGGCUGUGAUGGACACGUGCUGCCAUCGAGGGCUCGGCACCGAGGGACAGCAGUGCUGCUCUGUGACGGUGAAAUGGGCAGAACAGGGGUGCCCUCCAGCCGUGCCCCCAUGUGCGGGUGGGGUGCUGCAGUCAGCACAAGCAAACUACAGACCACUCACUGACUGAGGCCUCCUGGGAAUCCACCACUGCUCUGGCUCUGCUGGGGCCUCUUGGUGCUCUUGAAGUGGGAUCACGCCUUGACAAAGUUUGGAGGAGGAUUUUGGUGGGACCUCGCCUGCCUGAGUGCCCGUGUGGGUGUUCCACAAUGGAGAGCCUGCUGCUGACUUCCCUUCCUGGCCCAGCACAACACUGAGGUUGGCCGAGCUCUGCCAGAUCCCUCUGCUCCAGCAGGAUGUGGUUUGAAACUAAAAUAUCAGUGAGUGCAGCCCUUCCUUAACGGCAGUAGCAGCUCUGUGCGCUCUGGGGAGCUGGUGACACCCAGCCCCGGGCAUUACACAGGGAGCAAUUGCUGCUCGCAGCCUGGAUGGUCAAUGUGGGGGUGGUCAGACCCCGGGGGAAUGCAGCAGCUGUGGGCAUUGCCUUGCUGGUGGGUAUUUUGGGACAGCACAUCAUCCCCAUGCCAGCUCACUAAGGGGAAGCAUCGCUCGUGGUGGCAAAUGGGAAUGUGUGUGUCAGCAGCAGAGCGUGAGGAAUGAUUCAUGUGCCGAGCUGGUGCCUCAUGCCUGUGUUUCUCUCUUAUUUCCACCACGGACAAACUGCUGGCCCAGAGGUGGGGUGACCCACCCUGGAGCAGGGGGGAGCAGUCAGGGUGCCCCGGCUUAGGGCUGGGUGGCUCCAGCUCCCUUUGCUCCCUUGGGACAGACACAAGAUCUUCCUACAAUAAAAGUUCUUUCAGAAUUUC